CUCGAUUGGCUCCAUCCUCUUCUCACUCUCUGGCAAAUCAGUCAAAAAACUUGAUUGAGCCGCAUGCUCCUCGUCUUCUUAAUUCCACCAUUCCAUAAAUUCCACACAAGUUUUAAUCCACGGUCACGGUCAUGGCAUCGACAAAAAAGACGAAAAAGUCGAAAGGAGUGACGUUAUCGUUUCAAGAAUUUUCCGCCCGUGUUGACGGUGACACGACCCCGUCGGGAAAUGUUGUUUACGCUCCAGGGAAAAAACCUGCUUCCGGAGGAGGCAUGUCCAUGUCCAGCUGGGCCGAUGAAGUCGAGGAGGAUGAUUUCAUAACGACGAAGGAGCGGAUCGUGUUGCCGACGGCGCCUCGCGCCUCUCGCGGUCCAGCUUAUGAAGAUGCGCAGAUUCCAAAAGUGCCACCUUUUCAAGCAAACAUUGGAAACUUACACUACGACAUUGAAGAAGAAGAUAUUUAUAAAUUUUUUCGUGAUUUGGACAUUUUGGAACUCAAACUCCCCAGGGAUCACGUCACCGGGAGGAUCAAAGGAUUCGGCUUCGUCGUGUUCUCCACCCGUCAAGACCUGAUCGACGCUUUGGUGAUGAAUGAGCAAAUGUUGCGUGGACGUCCGAUCCGAGUCGCUCUUUUAUCCGGUGAUCAACGAGUCGGGGGUGGAGGUGAACGCCGGGAGUACCGUGAACGUCCCCCAGCGGAAGACGAAGGUGUUGAUAAUUGGAGAAGCAUGGCGGGUGCUGUUGUAGAUAAAAGCAGUGGUUCUUUUAAUCAACGAUCCGAGUACCCAUCGAGGGGUGGGGAUCGUGGAGGUGAUUUCAGAGGUGGGAAUUUUAAUAGAAGGUCAAAUUUCCCGAUCGGAGGGGAUGAUCAGGAUCAAGAAGAGCAGGCAGAACCGUGGAGGAGGUCGCAGCAGGGGCCGCCGCCCAGCAGGGAUAAUUAUUCUAUGCGUGGAGGAAAUGAUGACUCACGUGAUUUCCAUAAUCACCAUCGAGGUGGAGGUGGUGGUGGUCGAGACGAUCGAAGAGGAAAUGAUAACUAUGAACCCCGACAACGUUCAAAUUCACCCGAUUUUGUUCGUGGUCCUACAUCCACACGUCCACCUCCUCCAAUUCGACAGCAGCAGCAGUACCCUCCACAACAACACCAUCCACGUGCUGAACGUGAACGUGUCGAACCACCACCAUCACAAUCUUCUUCAGAUGAUGGUGUACCAAAGACUCGGAAGAAGCUCGUCCUUGCACCUCGGACUGCACCCACAGCCGCCACGCCGACAGAGUCUGCAGAGAGGAGCAGUUCCAUUUUUGGGGAAGCCAAACCUGUGGACACUUUGAAAAGAGAGCUAGAAAUUGAAGAGAAAUUGAAACUUGUUCAAGUUAAAAGUGCGAGUGGGAGUGAAGCAGGGGAAGAAAGCGGGGAUGGUGGUGGUGGAGGUGGGAUUAAAAGGGGGGUGGUCAGACUCCGAUCCAGAGACGGUUCAGAAAGAGAAAUUCCUAGCCAAUCCGCACCCAAGUGGAGAUCGAGUAGGGGAGACGGGAUCCUCGGUGGAGGUGUCAUCACGGGGGAUAUGGUCAGAAGUAAUAAUACCAGCCGGCGAACCCAUUCCCAAUCCUCUGGCGAGGCUGGAAUAGGUGAAAAAGAUCCCCAUUCCGAUCCUGAAGAUGAACGGGACUUCAAACAGCAACAAAUGCAAAGGGAACAGAGGGAACAAAGGGGUGCUGCUGCUCAGAGAAGAGGUCCACCACCUUCACGUCAACACGAUAAUUAUUAUCCACGUGGCGGAGAUCGUGGAGGAGAUCCUCGUGGGGGUGGUAUGGAUCGUCAUAAUAACAGAGGCGGUCCACGUGGAAAUAAUUCCUCUCAUUACUCUUCUCACCACGCCCAAGAAUCUAAACGGAUCAUUGAUCAGGACGGUUUUGAAACAUACCAACGCCCUACUGGCGGCCACCCCUCCUCAUCAUCUCAGCAGACGACUCCCCCCUCGUUAAUCUCCCCCUCAGCUGCUGGCCCUCCCCCGGAGAAGCUCGUGCAGAAUAAAUUCGCAGCGUUGGAAGGUUCCGAUGAUGAUUAAGCGAGCGUAUUUAAAAGAAAAUGAAAAAAUAUUUCACUAAAAUUGCAACAAAACUUUUAAUUUUUUUGUAAAUAAAUUUAUUAAAUUAUGGCGCGAAA